AUGUGUAUUUAUACAAACAACGUUUUCCUCUGGGACUUGCGGUAUAAAGAAGAAGCCGUGCUCCCCGACACCCACCUUCCCGGCAUCUCCGGAACAAGGCAGGAUGACCAAGGCCCCUUUCUCUGUGGAGUGGCUGUCCCAGAGCAGCCAGGCCCUCAGGAGCCCCACCGAGGGCUCCCCACAGCGAACAUCCUCCGCCGGCCACCGCUCCGUCUCCAGCCCCGGCUUGAGCGAGCGGAGCACGGAGCAGUCCGCCGGGGCCGGGAGAGAGGGCAGGAGCAGGGAGCGCUCGGCGGCGCCCCCCGCUGCAGGACCUGCGUGGGGGCGAAGGAGGCGGCGGGCGGGCACCCCCGCGGUUCCCGGGCCUGCCUGAGCCUUUCUCCCUCCCUCUCCCCAGGAGCAGGCGAGCGGCCGUGGGGCGCGGGGCGGCCGCCGCCGGAGGGGGGUCCCGGCGGCUCCUGCCCCGAGGGCGCGGGCGGCAGGGGCGGGCGGCGGCUGCGGACGGCCUUCAGCGCCGAGCAGCUCAGCACCCUGGAGAGCUCCUUCCGGCGGCAGCGCUACCUGGGGGCGGCCGAGCGGCGGCAGCUGGCCGGCACCAUGCGGCUCUCCGAGGGGCAGAUCAAGACCUGGUUUCAGAACCGCCGGAUGAAGCUCAAGCGGCAGCUGCAGGAGCUGAGGACGGAGACUUUCUGCAGCCCCCCUCCCCCUUACGGACCUCAGAGCGGUGUGCUGUCCCUGCCGCUCGCCUACGUGGCCCGGCCACCGCCUCCGCCCCGGCAAGGGGCUGCCUCUGGGGGCUUCGCCUUGGCGGCGCUGCCGGCACCCACCCCGGACCUCGGCAGCGCCUGCAGAGCACAGCCCGUCGGCUUUUGGGCGGCGGCACCGUGCUUUGUAGGGUACAGCGACCCCAGAGCUUUCUUGCUGGGAGUCUGA